AUACGCGUCAAGUACAUAUUUUGCAUUACAAUGUUUUCAAAAAAUAUUUUACUUCUUUUGUGUGUCGUGUGUUGUAAAUGUAGUACCACGGGUCAUGGAAAAAUGCCAGCAGGCAUAGCGAACUUUGCUACUAGUGUGCGGAUAACGGAUGAAGGUUCUUCGAGUUCGGUGAAUACAAUUCUGAAUGACAUCACAGACGAGCAAUUGAAAACUGCAUUUAUCAAGUACGAUCUCAAAAUGAGUUCAAUCUCCCCAGAGCAAUUACAGAAACUAAUUUUCACUCAGUUCUACGGAUUCAUCACCAUUCGCCAUGCAAAGUUAUAUACAAAGUUACUUUUUACAAAGAAUAACAAUAAAAUAGAUUUGAAUCUGUUGAUAAAAAUGAAACCGAUAAUUUUUUUUUUGACAAAGCAAGAUAAUGUAGUGGAUAUUAAACACAUUAAUGUCACUUUUACGAGUGUAUCAUUCGUGGAAGACAUAAAGACAACUCCAGAUGCUAAUAUAUUGUUCUUAAACGAUAAUGAAAUUUCAGAAAUAAUACAUCUUAAUGGUCAAAAAAGAAAUUCUCUAAUUAAAUGGACAAAUUCAUUGGAAAUAGGAAAUAUGGUGGGGAAUUCGGUGUUGAUGGUUAGUAUAUACAUGGGAUUUUGUGAUAUUGAAAAAAACCGAGAUGGCGCUAUAGUCGUUAAUACUCUGGUUAAUGCAUGGAUCCGCGGCAAAGCUAAGAAACCGGCCAAUGAAGACCUUAAAACAAUAAUCAUGGAUAUUAUCAUGGCUGGGGAUUUAAACCACGACGGUUUAAUUGAUUUUUAUGAAUAUAUGGUAAUGAUGUGUAAAGAUUAUAGGAGGAUUCUCUUCGAUGAGUGAUGUCAUCUCAUAACUAAACUCUACUCUCGAUUCCAGAGAAUCUUAAAUCAUUGAAAACUAUAACAGUUUUACAGAAUACUAAUAAUUUAUAUUACAAAUUUUUCCUCAAAAUAAUAUUAAUGAAUACACUUAAAUAGGGAUAAACGGUUG